CCGCCGACCGCCGGCAGUCGCGCGACGACCGCGAACCGACACACACGCACGCCCCACAAAUCAUGCUGUGAUUGCUCUUACGUACGUUACACGUUUAUUUGGAUGUUUUUUGUGAAGUGCUAAUUAGUAACUAUGGUGACGGGUAUCGCCGGCAGCCCGCAGCAGGCCGCCUCUAACACAGUGGUGGUGAACAUGAGCUCUCCAGGGCCGCAGCCAGACCAGAAAAAGAAUACUGAUAAUAGAAGGAGUAAUAAACCUAUCAUGGAGAAAAGGAGGAGAGCGCGUAUCAACAACUGCUUGAACGAACUGAAGGCGUUGAUUUUGGAUGCGAUGAAGAAAGACCCUGCAAGACAUUCAAAAUUAGAGAAGGCUGACAUAUUAGAAAUGACUGUGAAGCAUUUAGAGGGUCUUCGUUCCGAAGGCUCAGGUUCGCCGGACAGGUUCCGUGCUGGGUACAGGCAUUGCUUGUCCGAAGUGGCGAAGUUCCAGGGUAUAGAGCCCACGUUGAGGAGGCGGCUAGUGCGGCACCUUGAGGGCUGUGUGACCUCGCCGGGAUCAAGGCCAGCCUCAGCCCCCACGCCUCCUUCUGACAACGAAGACGUUCCCCAAACUCAGCAUUCUACAAUCUUUAUAUCCGCUGGUCCAGGCUCAGGCGUCCGCCUGGUCCCAACCAGGUUGUCCAACGGGGACAUCGCGCUGGUCCUACCUGCGGGAGUCAACGCCAGCACUCUCGGCGCCAUCCCAACACUGGUACCUUUAUCCCCACGGGAUGCUUCUUCCUCCACGUCAUCAGAACCCAGAUGUUACUCCCCAGCGAGCUCCGGCUGGGGGACGCCUCCCCCUCCGAACGAGGACUCCGCUCCUCUCGCCCUAGUAACAAGAAAACAACCCUCAGAAGAAAAGCCCUGGCGACCUUGGUGACCCACCCUCCAUUCCUUACAUAAUCCUGUGAUAUAUUAUAGCUGUACGUGUACAUAGUAUGUCUACGCGACAGAAUAUAGUUCCUAGUAUUAGGUCAAAUGUUACGGCAUUAAUCGUGUUGUGUGGUCAGUUUGAAUGUGUGAUAGAUUUUAUAGAGAUUAAUUUGUAUUCAAGAGUUUGUAUGAUUACAGUUACCUUUCUGUUUAACGAAAGGUUUUAAUAUAAGUUAUAGAUAAUAUCGUGUACAUUCGCAGAUGACAUCUGAGGCAGUAUUUCAUUUAUCAUUAUGUAACGUAACGUAAGUUUGUUUCGUUAUAUUCAUUGCAUAGUUUAAGUAAAUAGUGCCAUUAAUUUUAAUUAUAUUACAAUAAGUUUGCUUAAAGCUUUUGUAAAUAUGAUAAUGAUUAAAUAUAUAGAUAUAACAUGAAGAAUUCUGUGUGCCUUAUACAGCAAAAUCGUACAGUCUUCCAUUGUAGGCGUAGCUGAGUAUAGAGAUAUUUUACGUGUAAUAUAGUACAGUAUCUAUGAUUAAUUGUUUAUUUGUCGAUAUUGCGCUCAAUAUUUCACUUAGUCUUGUUACCGGAACACACUAGUAGUCAUUUUAGUCUUCCCACACCAGUUACCGAUAAGGACAGUUUAUUUUGUAAUCUACAAUACAUGUAGGAGUUAGUUUAUGAGUGAUAGAUAUGUUAAGAUGAUUUUGCUUGUGAAAUAGGGAUCUACCAUCGCCUUCUGAAGUAAGAGUGUUGUGGUUGUGCAAGCAAGAUAGAGCUCUACAUUUCGUAUAGCGAUGUCUCUUUCCAACAAUGGCAACAAUCCUCCUUUAAUAGUUAGUGGUAGAACCCACUGUGUUUAUGUUUACAUAUUUUUUGAAUGACAUUAUGAAUGAUGCGCGAACAAUCUACUUAUAAUAUUUUAAUUGUAAACAAUUAUAACUAUUUGCCGUCUCAAUGUAAAUGAUUAAGAGAAUAACGUGAUAUUAUUUAAGAUUAUUUGUAUGUAAUAUAAGAAGAUGUACCUAAAAGAAUAUGCCAUUAAUCUAGAAAUAAAAGUAUGAAAAUAAUUACA